AUUUGAACGUCGCGCCAAGCGGAAGUUGAUCGAAGGGUUGCACGCAAUCACGCGUUCAGAUCAGGUUACUUUUUUCGGCAAUAACUUUCCAAACAGGUGUCCUGUUAACGUGACGAAAUCCGAAGGUUCCACAUUCGCCACGAGAGUGUCAUAAUAAAAGUGAAUUGUGAAGAAAACAAAAAAACAGCAGCAACAAAAACAAAACUGUAAACAAACGUGAGCGAUAGUCCGAGAACGUGAAUAAUAAACAAGCUGCAGCGCAGCGAAUCAGAGUCUAAUUAAUAACCGUUUAUCGUUGGGCGCAAUUAUAAUUAAAUAAAAGCUACAACUCCUGCGGGGCACACAGAAGGAAGGGCAGGCUCAGCGCUCAGCUCAUGCGAGGAGUGGGGAAGAUUGUUUUCACAUUGUUAAUUAAAUGUGCGAUAACCACAUGUUCAUGAAUGAGCAGUGAAUCUUGACGGCGCGAAUAAAUUCUGUCGCAUCCAGAAGCUGGGAGCCAUCAUAAAUGAAAAAUGUUAUAAUUGUUCAAAUAUUUGAAUACCCGAGAUAAACGACACUUUCGGUCCAUCUCCAGCGGUCGGUGGCGUGGUCCUGGGUUCAGCGCGUUCGGAAAGUGUCUCCGAGUCGUCCGAGUCGAGCAAAGUGCUUAAAUUUAUUGGUGUUCAGUGCAGCGGGGGAAAAAGGGGUUCCCUUUCGCGAGUUAUUUUAAUUAGAGAAUACAACAGUAAUAGAGCAGUGUCAAAGCAACGGAAAAAGCAGAAGCCGGUCGGCUGCAUUUUGCAGGGCGCGAGUGGUUAAGCAAAAAAAAAAAAAAAAACGGAAGAAAACAAAAAGUGCAAUUCGCAGCACAUUGCGCAGGAAAAGACAAACACCAGCGAAAAGACGCAGACGGGUAGACGAGAAAUUUGAGAAGCUUGAAGUUGGGCCCAGCCAGUAGAGUCGGCCUCCAACCCGGGUGGAGCCGUGAGCGAAGAUUCGGGGGGAGAAUUGGUAACGCGCCGCCUGAGGAACGUCUCUGAAUUGUAAUACGAUCACAACGUGGUAGACAUUCCUUGGACACGGAGCAGUCGAAGCGAGGCCUUUCAAAGUCAGAAUCCCACGGUAUUCCUGGGCUGCAACGCGGAAGGAAUUUCGCAGCGGCUUCGAUUAGCCGGCAGACGCUACCCGGCGCAAUUCGCCCUGCUACAAACCACAAGAUAGUAGCCAACAGUCAGUUAUCCCAGAUGAUGACGAUGGACGUCACCAAACCGGAACCCUCGGCGGGUGCCGCGGGACACAACGGUGCGGGCAGCGUUGCCAGCAAUGUGGGUCCCAAUUCGCAGCAGAAUGGCGUCGGCGGCGGCGGUGGAGGUGGUGUUGUCGGCCCGGGACAGACAGGUGGCGUUAAUGGCAGUGGAGCCCACCAGCAGCUGUGCGCCGGCUGCGGCAAACACAUCCAGGAUCGAUUUCUGCUGCGGGCGUUGGACCUGCUCUGGCACGAGGAUUGCCUCAAGUGUGGCUGCUGUGAUUGCCGGCUCGGCGAGGUCGGAUCCACACUGUACACAAAGGGGAAUCUGAUGCUGUGCAAGCGAGACUAUCUGAGUUUGAAAAAUUCCAGACUCUUUGGCAACACGGGUUUCUGUGCCGCCUGCAACAAGGUGAUACCGGCGUUCGAGAUGGUGAUGCGGGCCCGCAACAAUGUGUAUCACCUCGAAUGUUUCGCUUGUCAACAGUGCAAUCAUCGAUUCUGCGUCGGCGACAAGUUCUACCUGUGUGAAAAUAAAAUCCUCUGCGAGUACGACUACGAGGAGCGACUGGUGUUCGCUUCGAUGGCAAACCAUCCGAUGCUGAAGCGACAGAUCGGUCAAGGUGGUCAGCAGCAGCAGCAACAACAGCAACAGUCCGGAGGUCAUCAUCCCGUUCAGAAUGGCAUUGGCCACCAGCAUCCGUCGGCAGCCGCUCAGCAGCAGCAGCAGCAGCAGCAAGGACAAUCUCCAAAUCCAAACGCACUAAUGUCCCAACUGGUGGUGGGCCAGCGUGCCGCCGGAGGCGACCACAACAACAACAGUAAUCUACCGGUGUCGCUCGGUGGCGGGGGUCCCUCACCCUUCGGGACGCCCACGCACAUGAAGGCCGCCCUCAGCACCGCUAGUUAAAUUGUUGUUGUACGCGCGUAAGCAUAACAAUAAGCAGCGCUAAUCAACUGUUGAGAAGGACUGUGUCUUUUCGUGUGAGAGGCAACAUUACUCAUUAUACUAACAAAGAAUAACACAACGAUGUGCAAUAUGCUUUAGGUCCUCCUCAAUCGCUCUCGUUUCCCCCCGGAGGGUCCGGGAGAAAAAUGUGCCAAAAUUGGAGGAGGGAGCUUCUCCUAUUUUUAUUCCAUUCCCAAUCAUAUCGAGUGCCAUCAAUUUAUGCCACCUUUUACCGAUCGACAUGGCGCGCGACUUGUUUAGCACAUCAUCAUAGAUCGGAAACGCAAACUAUUUAGAUGGCGGGCACUCUGUAAUCCAUUUUCUUUAAAGUGCGAUAUGGGAGAGGCGGGGAAAAAUCGAAUGUCUAAAUUCUCCAGAAGAAAGAUUGGUUAGGUUACAUUAAUUAAUUGAUUAGUUCUGCUAGUGUACAUUUUUACUUGUAAAUACUAGGCGAUAUCGAAUAUUUGUUGAGUAUGAUAAUUUUUUGUCCCUCGUUUGGGAAAUAGGUCACAGUGGACGGAUAAGUAAGCGCUAUUAGUUUCCGUUUUUGAACCCCCAUUUUUCUACUAAUCAAACAAAAACAUGAAAUCCACUUGGAGAAAACAAAACUAACGAUAAAAAUUCGAAUAAAUGUUCUGGCAUAUGUAAUCAUACUAACUACACAAUAGAGACAACGCAACAAACGCGCAACUGGAGACAAACCAAAGAAAAAACUGUACUAUUUAAUACCGAAUAGAAAUGGAAACGUAAAUGGUGAUUAGUCAAAUUAUUGAAAUAAAACAGAAGAAAAAAAAUUAAUC